AUGCAGCAUCAGGCUCAAAAAUGCAGCACUUCCAGCUCUGGCCAAAGUUCCAGCCAACAUGACCCUCGUUCGCCUUACGGGUCUGUCUUCUCCCAUAAUGCCACCGUCUCGACUGGCGAUAGCAGCGUCGUUCCUCGCAUGUACCAAGGUGUGGGUGUUCAAGGCCAUCGGCCCAGGUUUUCCUCCAAAAGCUCCGCGCCUACGACGCCCAUGACCAACAGCCUGGACUGGUCUGCCGGAAAUCGCACUCCUUACACCAGCCCAUUUAUCCUGUUGCCCAACUCGCCCGUGUUCAAUAGCAUCCCCCAGAUGACCUCGUUCAUGACGGGGCCUGUUUCGGGACAGACUGACCAGAUGGGUCAGUUUCCAUAUUUCUCAUCGGGUAUUUACCAGAACCUCAAUUCAAUGGUACCAGGAACGUACCCAUCAUGGCCGUAUGUGGUGAACUACGACAUGCAGGAUGUCUCGAAUACCAAGCAAAGUGGAUGGGCCACUGUUGACGGACAGAGAUCAGAGAAUGUCGGUCCCAUACAGUACUAUCCCACACCUCUGGUUCCCACCAUGGAUGCCAGUUCCCUCUCGGGGUACGCCUACGGGAGCAUGUUCCCGCAGCUCGGUUCGCUCUCGCUGCCUUUCCAGAUGAUGAAGACCACGAACGGGUACAUGGUUCAAGACCUGGAAGCUCUGACGCAGCAAGAGCCCGCGAUCCCCCGUGCAGUGCCUGCCAUGUGGACUAACCCCUCUGAGCUGACACUCGCCAAAUGCCUGGAAAACCGCGAGGGUAUCACCAAUGUUUACAUUCGCGGAUUUCUUCCUGAGACAACUGAUGAUAUGCUGCAUUCUUAUUCCGUUCGCUUUGGCAAGAUUGAACGCUGCAAGGCAAUUGUCGACCUGGACUCGGGUCUUUGCAAGGGCUUUGGGUUUGUUCAAUUCUUCAAUUUCGAGUCUUGCGAGAAUUGUAUUCGUGGGUUUUUCUACCUCGGAUACCAAGCCAGCUUUGCCCAAAAGUCCCGCAACUCUCGUCUGAAGGAUCUGGAAGACAGCUCGUCCACCAAUAUAUACUGCACCAACAUUCCCAUUGAUUGGACAGAGGCCGACUUGCGCCGCCAUUUCGAGCCAUACCGUGUGGUGUCGGAGAAGAUCAGCCGUGAUGAGAAGACAGGCGUGAGCAAGGAAGUGGGCUUUGCUCGCUUCGAAACCCGCGAUAUCGCCGAGCACGUCCUGGGCCAGUUCCACAACGUUACCGUGAAGGACAAUGGCGUGAAAUUGUUGUUGCGUUUUGCAGACACCAAAGCCCAAAAGAUGCUAAAGCAGCAGAGCAAUGAGCGCCGUGCCUACCGUGCUGGCGAGUAUAACUACUCUGUGGAGGUUGUGCAGGGUUCUACCCCGUCGCCCUCGGCGCAGCGUCCCCAGCAGAAUAGCACGCACCUCACGCCUAAUUCCCAGGCCAGCUUCACUUCACCGGCUGGGCUCGGCUCAAACUGGACCCCGGCAUCUUCGAUCUCCCCUACGUAUGCCCUGAUGAAGGAUGGAGGUGCAGGACACGGUUCCCUGGCAUCCAGCAGCCUCAGUGCGCUCGACAAUACUCCUGUGUGCCGUGGGCGCUCAUUCAAGGCACGCCGCUCAAUGACUGAUAUUUCCGGGGGAUCGUCCAAGACGGCCAUUCCCAAGUCUCCUGCUGGCGAACCUCGCUCCUACACGUCCGCCGCGCGCAAGGAGAACAUCAAGGCCGGAUCAGUAUCUCCCAUGCAUUCACGAGUGGAAUUCACGGUAUCCACUCCUCGCUCAUGCACCUAA